UAUUUGUACUGAUAUCACACUGUAUCUCUCUUCCUUCCUAAGAUAUUAUGAUAUUUCUGACUUCAUCCUUACAGGUGGAAGAGAAUAAUCGAUUAAGGUCUGAGCUUCAGAAAAAAAUUCAGGAACUGGAAAAAUUUAAAUUAGAUGAGCCAAUCGCUCGAAGGCCUAACCAUUUUGAUAAACAGAAUGAGCAUGUUUGUUUACCUUAUGAAGUUCAUCAAGCAGUUCCUUCUCUUAGUAGUCAACAUGAUAAGAUUAAGAACAUGGGCAGCACACCUACUACUGAUUCAUUACAGACGCUUGUUGUCCGCCAAGAUAUGAACUUAAGUGAUGAUGCUGCUGCUGUGCAAAAUCAUUCUGAGAGCCACUCUGGAAGUGGAAAGGUCAACGGGGCAUCGAAGGCAACUGUAGAUAGUGCUAGCCUUUUUCAUUUAUCUUCUCCAUCUACAACAGCAUUCUCUCCUACCAGGCAUCAAAUAGAGGGAGAAUAUGAUCAACGCUAUAAUUCAUCUGGGCAUGGGCUGAUGCCUAUGGCUGAAGUAAAUAACACCAGCAGUAUAUGGAAGCAGGAUCUCAUUCUUAAGAUUCGGGAACACGAAGAAGAGAUUAUGCAGUUGCGGAAGCAUCUUGCUGACUAUUCUAUCAAGGAAGCUCAGAUUCGCAAUGAAAAAUAUGUCUUGGAAAAGCGCAUUUCAUAUAUGCGGCUGGCCUUUGAUCACAGCACAGACCUUAAUGGAGAAACACAUGCUCACUUUUUCUGCAUUGUGAUAUGGGUUGUAGUUUGUGGUCAAGGCUACUGGGCCUGUUUGGGAUCCCUUGUGUUGCUCGCCACUAGGUGGAUUGCUUUGUUUGCUCUUAUAUUCAAGGAUAGGAGUGAGGAAGGAGGCAAAACCACUCUGGAGAGUGGACAUUUUUGCAGGAUUGUGGAGUAUUCAGUUGGAAAGAAAUUGAAGAAUAUUCAAUGA